GUUUUUAGUUUGCUGUACAGGUCAUAACAACUUUGUGAUAAUUAUCAGAUAGUGAUUAAAGUACAUGCAUACUUACUGAUAAAUGUGCUCAGUCACAAUGGGGAAUUUUAUCACUAUAACAUAACAGCAACAUUGAUAAUGACUUCUCAGAAGUAGUAUUUUAGACCAAUCAAUAAACUGCUGCACUAUAAAUAGAACUUCCCAGCAUUGGAAAUAUACAGUAAAAUAAACAGUACAGGAGAAACUGCAAAGCUUGGGAUAAAAAGAAUACAGAACCAGAAACAUGGAUGAGGAGAAAAAAAAGAAGUUUAUCAAAGGUGCUAAAAUAGCAGGUGGACUUGGAGUAGGCUUGGUUGGAGCAAUAGGAGCUGUUGCUGCAGCACCAUUGGUUCUCCCUGCAAUGGGUUUUACAUCUGCUGGGAUAGCUGCAGGAUCAUUUGCUGCCAGUGCUAUGUCAUUUUCUGCAACUGCUGGUAUUGGUGCUGGGGCGGUGGCUGCAGCGCAAUCCGCAGGAGCAGCAGGUCUUGCAGUUAGUACUUCUGUUUUGGUAGGAGGUGCUGCUGGAACUGCAGCUGGUGUAGUUGGUGCUAAUGUGGCUGAGAAAAUAGCUGGAGCUGUUGUCAAAGAUGAGACAGGCACAGACGAUGACUCGAAAAAUCAAAAAGCAACUCAGACUGGGGAAGGUGACAACAAUGAUGUUGAUAAUGAUGAUGACAAUGCAGAAGCAAAGAAAAAUAAUAAAGUUAAUGAAGAGCUUGCCAAUGUAGACAAAGUCAAAAAGAAAGAUAUAAAUGCAAAGGAUGUCACUGAAAAGGAUGCUAAUCAGAUGAAAGUCCUUGAGGAAACUUUCAAAGCAAUGAAUGUCACGAGGCCAUCAUUGAAGCAUGAUAAAGCCAUUGAUACCCAAAUAUUUGAAAGUAUGAAUGAUGAAACAGAACUGACUAACAGCCAGGAAAUUGACAAUACUUAUAAGAUGUAGCAAGGACUCCUAAGUGCUGGACAGUGUUUCUGUAUGCAGGGACCUUUCAGAAUUGUUUCAGGCUUGGGUUGUGGUAUUGAUACUCGCUUCAAAUUCAAAUAUGUGUUAUGCAUUCCUUGUUAAAUAUAGAAAUGUUAAACUAUUCUUAUGGUUGAUGUCAACUGUUAUAACGUGUACAGGGGUGAUGAUGAUCCCCUUUUACUUAUUUUUCUGAAAUAAAUAUUAUUACUCAAAUGUAUUACUUAUAUA